CUUAAAUCAAUCGACUCUGCUCAAUCUUCUACUGGUUCCUACUCGCCACUGCUUCAACUUUGAGUGGUCAACGGUUUUUCGAUGCCCCUGUUCAAGAACUUUCGCAGCGGCGCAAAGGUCGUGGACCAAGCGGUCAAUCUGGAUCCUCACACCUGGACAUUGCCAUCGUCAUACAAACCUGCUCAGCCAGACGGUAAACAGACAAUCAUUCCUGACCCAAGAGUCUUCUCAAAUGUUUUUUCUAUUCCCUGCGAAACCGAAGCACAAAGUAUUGAGACUCUAUUGGCAUACCCCGACGCGAGCCAUGCUGCCGUACAUCUGGCUCUUCUUGAAUGUUUUCGCAACCUGAGGGCUGGCGCAAAGGCGCUUGACGUCGAGGUCAUCCAACCACCUUCAUAUGACGAAACCAAGAGUCCAGUGCCAGCGUCGCCUUCAGAGCCUACGCAACUUCCCGCAUCCCAAAAAUGGGAUCUUCUCAUAAAGCUCGCCGUUACUCGAUUUACUACCUGGUGGUCUGGCAUCGAACUAUUACUGAACCACGCGAAUGCCUACUCGCAUCAUGGCGGCAGCCGUGCUGCUCUUCAGCUCACAAAGGACUAUCUGCCACCGUUGGAUAUCCUACUCGUCUGGUACGCACUUAUGCUGAACUCAGAGGCUUAUGAUGCUGCCUGCGACGCACAGGGUGCCAAUGCCACGCGCUUGAAAAGUAUUUGCUUCCCUUGGCCUGCCAUUCGCGAUGUCUUCGAUAUGGACAAGAUGCAGCUUGUACUCCCUCGAUCUGCACAGAAGUUGUUCACUAAUAUCACCUCUCAACCAUGCGACAUUCUUGAGUAUAUCCAGAGUCCCCCGGCAUAUGCCGACACCGGCAAAGUGCGUAUUGAGACGGAUUUAUUUAGCGAAGUCAAGAGGCAUGAAGAUAUCAUGGAGGAGUCCCAUAAGCUUCUGUGGAUACGUUCACCUGCCUUACAAGGGUCCCUGAUCCGAGCGGGCUUGGAGUACCUCGACUUUCACUUGAGGGAGCCCAAUGCAGUGGAAGAGGAGAUGCUUUGUCAUCAGUCCUUCGGCGUUAGGCUUUUCUGGAGGACGCACCGCCUGUUUCCAAGACAAUACAAGGCCUUCCUGAAAGAGAUUGGAGGCAUACAGUCGGAACCAACGCAGGGCCAGGACCUCAAACGAGAUGCGAAGAUUCUUUUCGAUAUGGACGACCCAUCGCCCAUACAGGAGCACUGCCAUUGCUGGACCUGCGAGCGCAUUCGCGAUGAUAUCCCAGAAUUUGUCUACACAAAACCUUCAGCAACAGCAUCCUCUUCUACGAGCUUGACUACCAUGCAGAAGCAAAUCUCUUCGUUAUCUGCCGAGAGUCUACUUCAGAUUCAAGAUGACCUAGGCUUCUACCUUGCAGUUGAGGACGCUCGCAGAUCAGGGCUGCCAUUGCCAACUCGGCCACCGACUACUACAGAGAAGGAAGCUGAUAAGAUUGCUAAGCAGAAACAAAAGGAGCUUGGAUAUAGACCGGGAUUGAAUGAGUAUGUGGAAGUGUUACCUGAUGGGAGACGCAAGAUCCGGACGCAUAAGUAUGCAAGUGGAAUGUGGGGUACGACUUGGGUUUGAUCUUUGCAAGCAGACAUUUGUAUCAGUCAUAUCAAAAAGAGGCAACAGGUUUCAAAUUUAUUGGAUAAGGCGACCGUUUGGGUUGUCAGAGGCGAUGCUUUGUUGUUUGAUAAUGGCUUCUCCCUCGAACUUUAGCGGAAGAUGUAUACCAUCAGUUGCAACUUUCUACAACCUGAACAGCAACCGCUGCCUAAUCUUUCCGACCUGCACUUACUAUGACACAUUUAAUGGCUGCCCAUAGCCUGGUGCAAGACUAGCUACUCCCACUAGGAACAAGAUCUCGAGCCAGUCUAGCCACAAUCCCAAGUGCAUCCAUCUUGUCGCUCAUCGGCUCUUUCAGUUCCUUCGCUGGGCGAUCAAACCGUCGCCAAACCUCAAUAAACCGCUGCUGCCCCUCAUCCAGCCCAAUACCACGAAGUACAUUAUACAUAUCAUCGUGAUUCGCAAGCCGCUCCAGAUCCUCGGCGCUAACAGCCGUAGUGGACGGAUGUUCCUUACCAUAAACAACAGCAAGGUUGACGCAGUGUAAUAUAAGUGCUGCUAGACCAGCUGCCAAAGCCGUAGCCACAGAUGAGCCUGUGCGUUCUUCAAAGUCAUCUGGUAACGCCCCCUCUCGGUGUGGA